AUGCCUCACUCCGAACCCCAAGAAGGGCCUCUGGUCAAGCGACAAAAGCUCAAUGUCGCUUCCAAGCCCUCGUCGGCCGCGCGCCAGUCCUCCCGCAUCUUUGCGCCCUUCAGAACUGUCGGUCUAGUCUCGCCAACGAAUACCCCAUUCACCUCAAUUCCUCUCGGAAAGACGACAUUUCAGAUCACCACCUCCGUCGGCCGAGCCCUACAGACCUACGACCUGAAGAGGGGUCUCAACCUAGUCUUCGUCACCCGACCCCAGACCCCGGCCGACAUCACCGCGACGCUCGCGUGGAAAGACAAGGUUUUCGCAGCAUGGGGAGAUGGAAGGAAUGGCGAAACGCAGGGCCUCUGGGCUUACAAGCGUGGAAAGAAAGUCGAAGAGCUCGAGCUCCCCGAGGACUUGAACGAGCCGAUCCAGCAAAUCUUGAUUUUCGGUUCCUGGAUCGUCGGAUGUGCCGUCACGAGACUCGAGGUCUGGAAGUCGGGCACCCUGGAGCACUACACGACCCUCCAUACCAUGGCCGGCAAGAAGGGUGACAAUGAGAUCACCGGCGGAGUUACCAACAUGCCCACGUAUCUCAACAAGGUCUUCGUCGGUCGCAAAGACGGCUGGGUUGAGAUCUGGAACGUCAGCACCGGCAAACUCAUCUACACCAUUCUCCCCCCGAGCCCCGAUUGCGGCGCUGUUACUUGUCUCGAACCCUCGCCCGCCCUCUCUCUUCUUGCGAUCGCCUACGCUAACGGCACCCUCGUUAUCCAAAACAUCCUGACUGAUAAGCCUGUCAUCCAAGUCACGGCCGGCCACGACGACGAACCAGUUACCUCCAUUUCCUUCAGGACCGACGGUAUGGGAGCAGGCCAUGAUGGCAGGAAAGAUGGUGUCAUGGCCACGGCCACCAGUGCUACGGGAGAUGUUACGUUUUGGGAUCUGAACAACGGCGGUCGUGUCAUGGGUGUCCUGCGAAGUGCCCAUAACCCCCCAUCCGGUGAGGGCCCGCUGGUUCGUGGAGGUAUCAGCAAGGUCGAAUUCCUCACAGGCCAGCCGGUCGUUGUCACGAGUGGACGCGACAACGCUUUGAAGACCUGGAUCUUCGACGAGACCCCGUUCUCGGCCAUCCCGCGCAUCCUUCAUCAGCGCAGCGGACACGCUGCUCCGGUCAAGUGUGUGCAGUUCUUGCCCUCCGACUUUGACGGAGCCGACGCCGGUAACAAAUGGCUUAUCAGCGGUGGCCAGGAUCGCAGUCUCUGGGGCUGGAGUAUGCGACGAGAUGGUCAGAGCACCGAGCUCAGUCAAGGAAACAUUCGCAAGAAGGCCAAGAAGGCCGGUGUUCUAUCGGCCAAGACCCUUGCACGUGGGCCUACGACGACGCUCGAGGAUCUCAAGGCUCCCGAGAUCACUGCUAUCGCCAGCUCCCUCAACCGCGACGGCGGUAUGGGCGCUAUGCCUGGUAACCAGCCAAUCUGGCAGAAGCGCAAGGACAACCAGAAGCAACAGGAUGCCGAGGUUAGCGGAAUGACCGGUUGGGAAAGCGUUGUGACCGCACACAAGAACGAUGCUUACGCCCGUACCUGGUUCUGGGGCCGCAAGAGGGCUGGUCGCUGGGCUUUCCCUACUGGUGAUGGUUCCAACGUUUCGACUAUCGCCAUGAGUCCUUGCGGUACCUUUGCCCUUGUCGGGUCCGUGGAGGGAGGUCUCGACAUGUACAACCUGCAAUCUGGCAUGCACCGCCAGCGCUUCCCAUCCAAGCUCACCCCUGCUCAAGCCAGGCAGGUGAGAAUGCAGCAGUUGAAGCAGGCGGACAACAUCGUCCAACUCCAGGCCGAAGUGGAGAGCGGCUUUGCUAUGGGCACUGGCAGACACACCAAGGCCGUAACCGGCAUCGUAGUCGACUCCAUGAACAAGAACGUCAUCUCCUGCUCUCUGGACGGCAAGAUCAAGUUCUGGGACUUCCUCACAGGGAAGCUGAUCCACCAGAUCAACUGGGCGCCCAUGACCUCCAUCACCGGAUGCAGGUACCAUGCCGCGAACGAUCUUAUGGCCUUCGCCUGCGACGACAACUCAGUCCGUGUCGUGGAUCUCGAGACCAAGCGGACCAUCAGAGAGUUCUGGGGAUGUCAGGGCACCAUCAACGACUUUUGCUUCUCCAACGACGGCCGCUGGAUCAUCGCCGCCUCCCAGGACUGCGUCGUCAGGAUAUGGGACCUGCCGACAAGCCAUCUCAUCGACGCCAUCCGUCUUGAGAAGCCCUGCACCGCCCUCGCCAUGUCUUCAACGGGCGAGUAUCUCGCCGCGACGGUGGAGAAUGAGCUCGGAGUCGCCAUCUGGACAAACAAGUCCCUCUACACGCACGUUCCUACCCGCCAGGUAUCUGAUAAAGAGGCGGCGGUGCUCACUGGUCCUUCGACCUCCGGCGAGGGUAACGAGGGCAUGCUUGAGGCAGCCUUCAACGAGGACGACGAUGCCGAGGAUGAGACAGUCGUCGCUCCUACGAUUGAUCAGCUCAGCGCAGAGCUCACAACGCUCAGUCUGGUUCCGAAGAGCAGGUGGCAGACCCUGCUGCAUCUGGACCUCAUCAAGCAACGUAAUAAGCCCAUCGAGGCUCCCAAGGCGCCUGAAAAGGCGCCAUUCUUCCUGCCUUCUGUCGGCGCGGGCAAGUCCUCAAAGCAGAUCGAGGGUGUCGCUGGCGAGGGCGAGGCGACGGAAUCGAAGUCGCGCAUCACCAAACUUGAGCGCGGUCGCAUGCAAGAAGUAUUUACCAGCAAACUUGCUGAUGGAGCUGCCUAUGGAGACUUCGAUAACUUCAUCACCCACCUCAAGUCCCUCUCGCCAUCAACUGCAGACCUCGAGCUCCGCUCCCUGAGCCCCGAAGACGGCAGUCUCCAGCACUUCAUCCAGGCCCUGACGAGCCGCCUGCACGCGCGUCGUGACUACGAACUCGUCCAGGCUUGGAUGACGGUGUUCCUGCGACUGCAUUUCGAUCUCGUUAUGGGAGAUGCCGACCUCCUUGAGGCCUUGGGCGAGUGGAAGGCCCUCCAGGAGAAGGAGGCGGGUCGUCUCGACGACCUUGUCGGCUACUGCAGUGGUGUUGUGGCCUUCCUCCGGAGCCCCAGGACGUGA